CAGGUGAAAAAUGGCGGAGGUGAAAGAUGGCGAUGGUGCCGAGCCGUGCAGUCGGGAGGAGAGCUCGGCCGGCCCACGGCCGCCCAGCGUGCGGGAUUUGCAGUUGGCCUUGGCAGAAUUAUAUGAAGAUGACAUGAAAUGUCAGUCUUCCAGAUCUGAGCGAUCACAAGCUUCAGCCUUUAAAAGCCCUAGAAAACCACCUCAGAGGCUCUAUUCAAGUGAACACGAGUACAGUGGAUCACAUACAGUUCAACCUUCAACUGGGAAUAUUGUAAAUGAACUUUUCAGAGAGGCAAGAGAACAUGGAGCUGUUCCACUCAGUGAAGACAUGAAAGAUGAUGACAAUUCUAAGUCAUUUUCAGGUGGAGGUUACAGAUUGGGUGAUUCCUUAUGUAAGAGGUCUGAAUACAUCUAUGAAGAAAAUCAACUGCAAGAUGUUCAAAUUUUGCUUAAACUCUGGAGCAAUGGUUUCAGUUUAGAUGAUGGAGAAUUGAGACCUUACAAUGAUCCAACUAAUGCGCAGUUCCUGGAAUCUGUUAAGAAAGGAGAGAUACCCCUGGAACUUCAGAGACUGGUUCAUGGUUGCCAAGUCAAUUUGGAUAUGGAAGAUCAUCAGGAUCAAGAAUACAUAAAACCUAGAUUGAGAUUCAAGGCUUUUAGUGGAGAAGGACAGAAACUUGGAAGCCUUACACCUGAAAUAAUCAGCACGCCUUCCUCCCCUGAAGAAGAAGAUAAGUCAAUUCUUAAUGCAGCUGUCCUUAUUGAUGAUUUGGUGCCAACAACGAAAAUUCAAAUCAGGUUAGCAGACGGGAGUCGUUUGAUACAAAGAUUCAACAUUACACACAGGAUUCUGGAUAUCCGAGAAUUUAUUGUACAGUCCCGUCCUGAAUUCGCCACACUUGACUUCGUUCUUGGGACUUCUUUUCCAAACAAAGAGCUCACAGAGGAAAGUCAGACACUACAAGAAGCAGAUAUUCUUAACACUGUGAUUCUCCAACAACUAAAAUAAUACUUUCCUUGAAUUCUGGAGCCUAUAGGAAGGACAAUGUGCCAUAUAAUUGGAAAAUUUAUCAUGUAAAAAUAUUUUUAUUCAUUAUACAGGAUUUUUUCCCCUGUAAUUUUAUCCAGCCUUAGUAUUGAUGAAGUUGGAUUAGGAAUGGAUUUUAAGAUAAAUAACGAUUGCAAGGUCAAAUUUUGUUGAUAGCUUUUAACUAUUCAAGCAAAAU